AUGAAGGCGUUGCUUGUGAUUUUAGGCCUCAUCUAUGCUUGUAGUGCCUAUGUGGUACAACAACCAACUAUUACGCUGCUUGAACCACAGGGUAUUCAAUUUUCAUAUCCAGCUGAUCAAGGAACCACUCUUGUUGCUUACCACUUCAGUAUAAACAGUGAUGUGAUCGGUGUAGCUGCAGGACAAUAUAACGUUGAUGUUAACUCGCCAACCAAUGGAGCAUUCGUCUACAGAGAUACAAGUAUUGUAGUAGGUGAAGGUGACACGGUGUCCUAUUGGGUAAACGUUAUCAACAAUGGAGCAGGAUACUUGUUGACUGACCAAUCUUAUACCUUUACAGCACCAACAAUGCCGACGACAACGCAACCGCAACCUGUCACAACCCAGCAGCCUACACAAGGAGCAGGAGAUAAUGAAGUGACUAAUGCUCCACAAACUACGACUAAACCAACUAGUGGUGGAAGUGGCAGCGGUGGCGGCAAUGGAGGAACUGUAAGCACUACUUGCUCUGUUUAUCCUUGCGACGCAUCUUGUGACAUGGGUGUACCUCCCUGCAACGGACUUAUAUUCGAAGAAAACUGGGACACCUUCGACUUGUCUAGGUGGCAGCAUGAGAUAACAAUGUCUGGUGGUGGUAACUGGGAGUUUCAAGUGUACAGCAACAAUAGGACAAACAGUUAUGUUCGUGACAACACGCUUUUCAUCAAACCAACACUGACUGCAGAUCAUUACGGAGAAUCUUUUCUUUCAUCCGGGACACUUGAUUUGUGGGGAAGCAGCCCUGCCGAUUUCUGCACUGCAAACUCAUUCUGGGGUUGCCAACGGACGGGAAGCGGUUCGAACUACAUUAAUCCUGCCCAGUCGGCUAGAAUACGAAGUGUGCAUUCAUUCUCUGUAAAAUAUGGACGCAUUGAAGUUGUAGCUAAAAUGCCUAAAGGGGAUUGGUUGUGGCCAGCAAUUUGGAUGUUGCCCAGGGACAACGCAUACGGUGGAUGGCCAGCGUCAGGAGAGAUCGAUAUUGUUGAGGCCCGAGGCAACACGAAUCUUAAAGACGAAAGCGGAGUUUCUAAAGGCUACGACAACAUGGGUAUGACCCUACACUGGGGACCUUACUGGCCAAUGAACGCAUAUACUCUAACAACUGUUGAACGUGUCAACGCUUCAAACCCAUACGGAACCGACUUUCACAAAUGGGUCGUAGACUGGACAGAUGAGUACAUUGAUUUCUACGUUGAUGAUGAUCUUCUCAGAAGAGUUGAUCCGGGAAGUAGUGGAUUUUGGAAUUAUGGAGAUUUUGGAACUUCUGCACCGGGAUCUGAUAAUCCAUGGGAAAAUGGAAACAAAAUGACACCAUUUGACCAAGAAUUCUAUCUUCUUCUAAAUGUUGCUGUGGGUGGAACUAACGGCUUCUUCCCGGAUUCGUGGACUAAUUCACCAAGUCCUAAACCGUGGCUCAACAACUCACCAACUGCAAUGAGAGACUUUUGGCAAGCAAAAAAUCAAUGGUACCCGACGUGGCAGGCAGAUGUAAACAACGGAGAGAAUGCCGCCAUGCAAGUUAAAAGUAUCAAAGUCUGGGCGAAUUGAAUAAUUGGCUUUUCAUUCAUCAAGUAAUCAUCAAACUUAAUUGCUAUUUUAUUGAAUAAUGAUAUUUAAUUAAAAAAUUUAUACAAUAAAUAUGAGUAACAGUAUGCAAUAGAAACAGGAGUUAUAUAUAUAUAUCCACUGCAUAGCUAUGGUGUGGGGGCAUUUUUGCGUUACAAACAGAUUCUCUAUAGUUUCGAACUCUUCAAGUUAGCUUGUUGUGUUAUAUCCAACUGCGUCGAUAACGUACAGUCUAAUAAAAAACCCAUUAGAAAUGUUUCUUUGGAUAAGUGAGAAAGUUAUAUCUUUACUCAGGCAUGGUUGUGAAAAUGAAAAAGCGUGGACCCAGAGCUUUUGUGCCUAUAUAGAGGGGGAAAUAAUACUUAUUCAAGGCGAUCUAUGGUAGAACUGCGUCUUAGCACAUGGAUACUUGAACAAUGCCACUUAGUCUGAUGGUGCUGAUGUCCCUCACUGUAUACUGUUAAAUGUCAAAACAAAAAACACUGACUUGAAAAUAAAACGAAACCUAAAUUUUAAAACGAUACCU